GGGGGCCUGGGCCCGCCCUGUUCGCCGCUCCUCCCGCGCGGCCCCACCCGUCUCACUCCACUGCAGACAGGACAGGGCUCAGGCCGCUUGCUCUGCGCUCCCCAGAUCCCUGGUGAGCUCUCCACCCUGUAGUCUCCUUGGGUGACCCAGUGGGCAUCGAAAGUCACCAUGUUCAGCUGGCUGAAGAAGGGCGGAGCUCGCGGCCAGCGACCUGAGGCCAUCCGCACUGUGACCUCGUCCCUCAAGGAGCUGUAUCGCACAAAGCUUCUGCCCCUGGAGGAACACUACCGUUUUGGGUCUUUCCAUUCACCGGCCCUCGAAGAUGCUGACUUCGAUGGCAAACCCAUGGUGCUGGUGGCCGGCCAGUAUAGCACCGGCAAAACCAGCUUCAUCCAGUACCUUCUGGAGCAGGAGGUCCCUGGCUCCCGCGUGGGUCCCGAGCCCACCACCGACUGUUUCGUAGCUGUCAUGCAUGGCGAGACAGAGGGCACCGUGCCUGGAAAUGCCCUCGUUGUGGACCCAGAGAAGCCCUUCCGCAAACUCAACCCUUUUGGAAACACUUUCCUCAACAGGUUUAUGUGCGCCCAGCUCCCCAACCAAGUCCUGGAGAGCAUCAGCAUCAUCGACACGCCCGGCAUCCUAUCAGGUGCCAAACAGAGAGUGAGCCGGGGCUACGACUUCCCAGCUGUCCUGCGCUGGUUUGCUGAGCGCGUGGACCUCAUCAUCUUGCUCUUUGACGCUCACAAGCUGGAGAUUUCCGAUGAAUUCUCAGAGGCCAUUGGUGCCUUGCGUGGCCACGAGGACAAGAUCCGCGUGGUACUCAACAAGGCAGACAUGGUGGAGACGCAGCAGCUGAUGCGUGUUUACGGGGCGCUCAUGUGGGCGCUGGGCAAGGUGGUGGGCACGCCUGAGGUCCUUCGCGUCUACAUUGGCUCCUUCUGGUCCCAGCCGCUCCUUGUGCCGGAUAACCGGCGUCUCUUCGAGUUGGAGGAACAGGACCUCUUCCGUGAUAUCCAAGGCCUACCACGCCACGCGGCGCUGCGCAAGCUCAACGACCUAGUGAAGCGGGCGCGGCUGGUGCGGGUGCACGCUUACAUCAUCAGCUACCUGAAGAAAGAGAUGCCCUCAGUGUUCGGAAAGGAAAACAAAAAGAAGCAACUGAUCCUCAAGCUGCCUGUCAUCUUCGCAAAGAUCCAGCUAGAGCACCACAUCUCCCCUGGAGACUUUCCUGACUGCCAGAAGAUGCAGGAGCUGCUGAUGGCACAUGACUUCACCAAGUUCCACUCGCUAAAGCCGAAGCUGCUGGAGGCACUGGACGAGAUGCUGACCCAUGACAUUGCCAAGCUUAUGCCGCUGCUUCGGCAAGAGGAGCUGGAGAGUGUCGAGGCUGGAGUGCAGGGUGGUGCAUUUGAGGGCACCCGCAUGGGCCCCUUCGUGGAGCGGGGCCCUGACGAAGCCAUAGAGGAUGGCGAGGAGGGCUCAGAAGAUGAUGCUGAAUGGGUGGUGACCAAGGACAAGUCCAAAUACGAUGAAAUCUUCUACAACUUAGCGCCUGCUGAUGGCAAGCUGAGUGGCUCUAAGGCCAAAACCUGGAUGGUGGGCACCAAGCUACCCAACUCCGUGCUGGGGCGAAUCUGGAAGCUGAGUGAUGUCGACCGAGACGGCAUGCUGGAUGAUGAGGAGUUCGCCCUGGCCAGCCACCUCAUUGAGGCUAAGCUUGAAGGCCAUGGGCUACCCACCAACCUACCCCGCCGCCUGGUGCCGCCUUCUAAGCGACGACAAAAAGGCUCUGCUGAGUGAGACAGCAGCAACUGCCGGCUCACCCUCCCACUUUGCCCUGCUGUGGCUCCCCAGCUCCAGUCGGCUCCCCAGCUCCACGCAGAUCCCUGCUCUGGCCCACUCACCCUGCCUGCUCACCCUGCCUGGCUAUAAGGACUCGAGGGGGUGGAGGAAGCUUCUCUCCCACACCAGACAUUCAGUCAAAGGACUUAUAGAGGAUUGGGGGCCGGAGGGGGGGAGUGACAAACCUCUGUCCGUCCUUCACACACCUUCACAUACACAGGGGCUUCUCACAGAAACACACACAGACAUCCAUCCAUCAUUCAUAUAAAGAUCGUUUUUUCUUUUAUUUUUUGAAAGCGUCUCACAUAACCUAGGCUACCAUUGGCCUUCUUAUGUAGUUGAGGAUGACCUUGAACUCUUCAUUUUCCUGGCUCUACUUCCUGAGUGCUGGAGUUUCAGGCAUGAACCACCAUGUCUGGUUUAUGCAGUCCUGGGAUAUGAACCCAGGGCCUCCUGCAUGUAAGGCAAGUACUCUAUCAACUGAGCUACGUCCACAGGCCCAUCCAGAUAUUUAUUGAGCACUUACUGUAUGCUGGGCCCUGGUGGAACCGACUCUCAGGAGUGUGACAUAUCUACAUAGUCACACAAACACUGAUACCAGCAAGACCCCUUUUUAUAGGUAAGCAGCUACUGUUACUCAGCCACGCUAAGACUCUGUAUGUCUCAGGUGUUAGACUCAUUGGGGGUUCAGAGCGGACACCUGGCUUCCUUGUUCCUCACAUGGACCUCUCUUUCACUUUCCUACCCACAAAUCCUAAAUUCUGACCACAUCCACUUCACAAAGAUUAUGCAGCAGAUAGAAAAACCGCAACUUCCUGGCUCCUUCGAGUAUGGCUUCCAUCCCCCGGAGCCCAGAGUCUCCCCAGCACACGUGUGGGAUUGGGAACCAAAGUAUCUGGCCCUUCUGCCCACCUUCAGGUCAUAUUUAAGUAGAGUCCCUAUCAAAGACAGAAACCACAGGGUGGGAAUAGGGGAUGCUUUUCCAAAGCCCAGGUUUUCAUGGAUAUCCUGGAGGAUUAGGAAUUUUCGGUGCUAUAGCCUUUCCUCCUCUCUACAGGGGCCCCACACACUUUGUCUUCACCACCUUAGUACAUGACCCUGGUGGGAAACAAAAAAGAUGGGGGGGGGGUGGGGGGUGAGGACAGCUAGAAAGGGCUGAAAACCCAAGAGUGUCCCCUACAGGGCCAAUAAAGCCAAAGCUGCUGUUUG